GCCAUACCACUGUUGAACCUGGGCCUAAUGCAAGUGAAAGCAUGUUGUUUUGUGGAUGUCAUCUUGGACCGCAGACAUACAAAAUAUUGCAUAGUGUUGCCUGGCUGGUUGUGGAAACGACAGCUCUAGUCUGCUGUUUGAGGUCAAAAUGAGAAUGGGUGUUGGUCACUGGGUAAUUCAGCCACUUCCUAUUAAAAUGCGCUAUGGCAUUCUUCUUUCUUUAACAGUUCUUGUUCCUCUCCAAGCCAGUCAGAGGUGAUUUUUGUUCUCUCAAUGAUCUUCAUUUCUUUAAAAUAUGAAGAGACUCCUCUUCCUAGCAGCUGUAACAGUCUGCUGGUUCCUGGUUAAAGCCAAACCUACAAUCAAAAUGAUCCCAAAAUAUGGCCUUGUGUACUGGGGAGACACUGUAACGCUGAAAUGUAGUGAGACGCCUUCUGAAUGGCUCGUCAAUGGUACAACCCACAAGCUAUCAAACAAGAACCAAAUUCUGAUCCUGCCUGCUGUGUCAUCUAAAGACUCUGGAGACUAUCGGUGUAAAACUGGAGAGGAGAGCGACAGCUUGAGCAUCGAAGUCAAGGACUAUCUCCCCCCUGCUUUCCUUACUAUUGUGUCUGAGUAUGCAGUGGUCAACAAGGAUGAAUCCCCAUUAUUUCAGCUGUUCUCAGAUGAGGGCCUAACAAACUGGUACUGCCGUAUUCUCCGAGAUGAUAGAGAGACUUAUGUGAGAAUGGAAGAAAAGGAUAAGGCCGGGAAAACCAUGCAGUUUUAUGCUGAAGUUAGAGGAGCAACUCCAGAGAUUAUUUGGUGCAAGAGAAAUGGAACGAAGGGUGUGGACACAAAACGCAGCAAUUCAAUCAGCCUCAGGAGCUCAGAUACGGAGGUGUUGUUAGAGAUCCCCCCUGAACCAGCUGUGUUGGGAGACCCUCUGACACUGAGGUGUGAGGUCAGAGGAGGUGCCAAAAUUAAUGCAGCUGAAUUCUACAAGGAUAAUGUAACACUCGGAUCUGGUGUGGAUGGUUCUUACGAGAUCUCAGUCACUGAUGGAAGUGUUGGCUCCUACACAUGCACAGCCACCUUCAGCUACACCUACGUAAAUCCUCAUGGAGCCUUAAAGAAAAAUGUGCCCUCAGCUCCUCAAACAUUAACAUUAAUCAGAGAAAGUCCACCAUCAGCCGACAUUUCUAAGGAGGAAUCAGCUCUAGUGUGUACCUGUCCUGGCUGUUCAGAUCAUCCAACGUUCCGUUGGUACCAUCGGGAACCCAAUGCUAUGUACCUUAAAAUGCGUGAGGAGAAGACAAGUGAACUCACCUAUGACCAGCCUGGAGAGUAUGCCUGCCGAGCCGUCUGGGACAAAGGUGCCUCUCGCCGCAGUAAAUUCGAAAACGUCGGGGUCGUUUCGGGUGGUUCCGGCAGCCCAGCGAUCUAUCUUGUGGUGGUGCUCAUUAUAGCAGGAUUGCUGUUUGUGGGAAUUGCAUUGCUGUGUCGUAAUAAGCGGCGCGGGCAGUCUGGCCUGCAGGGAGACGUGCCGAUGACGAGGAGGAAGAAGGCCGGCGAGGAGGGCGACGACGAGAAGGACCCCGCUUACGAGGCCCUGAAAGGCUCCGACAAAGAUGAGUACCACACCGUGCGAGUCGACGGUGCCGAUGGAGGCUACGAGGCAGUCGGGGCGGCCAGGGCGGCCAAGGCAGGAGAUGGAGGCGACGGAGGUUAUGAGGCACUCAAGGGCAAAGCGCAGGCUGAAGUGUACCACACUCUGGGGGGUCCCCAAAGUCAGGGUGCAGAUGGGGGGUAUGAAGCGCUGAAGCUCAAAGGGCAGGGUGAUGGUGAUGGUGACGUGUACCACACUCUGCAGCAGCCCCAGGCCCAGGGCGCAGAGGGGGGGUAUGAAGCUCUGAAGGGCGCUAAGCAGAGUGAAUAUGAAACCUUAAAGUCAAAGGCAGGGGAUGGGGGUGGCGGUGGCGGUGGGGAACCGGAGUAG